AUGGCUGUAGAUGUGUUUCCCUGGACAAAAUCAAAACCCAGGAAGACACAACCUCGUUCCGUUGGUGGAACAAGACAACACAAAUGUGGACAAGCACACACAAAUUUGUCAACAUACAGGAGCAAACGAAGUUUCCCAAACAUGGCUUUUAGCCUAUGUUUACGCUUCCCAAUCAUUUCUCUCCUUGUACAUUUCCUCCUUGUCGUAUCUACCCUUUGUCCUGUUCAUUCUUCACAAUUUGGUAACCACCCAGUUGCUAAUCAAACUUUUCGGCCAAAGGACGAGCUGCGCAAGUUGAACGCCAUAAGACUUCGGCUUCAGCAAAUCAACAAACCUCCUGUUAAGACAAUUCAGAGUCCUGAUGGAGAUAUAAUAGACUGUGUUGUGUCUCAUAAGCAACCAGCUUUUGAUCAUCCUCUAAUGAAAGGACACAAACCAUUGGAUCCUCCAGAAAGACCAAGAGGGCAUAACCAAAUGGAUGAUUUGAGUGAGAACUUUCAGUUGUGGAGCUUGUCUGGUGAGUCGUGUCCAGAAGGAACAAUUCCGAUUAGAAGAACAAGGGAGGAAGACAUGUUAAGAGCUAGCUCUGUUCGCAGAUUUGGAAGGAAAAAAAUACUGAAACGUGUCAGAAGAGACACCAGCGGCAAUGGACAUGAGCAUGCAAUUGGGUAUGUGACAGGGGAUGAGUACUACGGAGCAAAGGCUAGCAUAAACGUGUGGGCACCCCUUGUGGAAAACCCAAAUGAAUUCAGCUUGUCUCAAAUGUGGGUCAUUUCUGGUUCAUUUGCGGAUGAUCUUAACACCAUUGAAGUGGGUUGGCAGGUCAGCCCAGAGCUAUAUGGGGACAGGUACCCUAGAUUCUUCACUUAUUGGACGACAGAUGCAUAUCAAGCAACUGGCUGUUACAAUUUACUCUGCUCAGGCUUUGUUCAAACAAACAGUAAAAUUGCAAUUGGAGCAGCAAUCUCUCCAACUUCUUCAUACGGUGGUGGCCAAUUUGAUAUUAGCUUGCUCAUCUGGAAGGAUCCAAAGCAUGGGAAUUGGUGGCUUGAAUUUGGAGCAGGGACCCUUGUUGGGUACUGGCCAUCGUUCUUGUUCACGCACUUAGGGGAUCAUGCAAGCAUGAUUCAAUUUGGGGGAGAAACAGUGAAUUCAGCCUCAUCAGGGUCUCACACUUCCACUCAAAUGGGUAGUGGACAUUUUGCAGAGGAGGGUUUUGGAAAAGCUUCAUAUUUCAGGAACAUGCAAGUUGUGGAUUGGGACAACAACUUGAUUCCCUUGUCAAAUCUAAAGGUUCUAGCUGAUCACCCCAAUUGCUAUGACAUACAAGGAGGGGUUAAUAAUGCAUGGGGGAAUUAUUUUUACUAUGGUGGACCUGGAAGAAAUGUAAAGUGUCCCUAA